AUGGCUUCGGUGGCUCGCGCUUCUUCAUCUCUUCCUCGAUGGUCAAAAGCCGUGCAUUCCAAGAAGCAGAGGUCAGCGUUUAUCCUUGCACCAUCGAUUACCCAUUAUCUGACGACCAUCUUGGCCAAGGCGAAGAAAAAGGAAUUGGAGACGGAAUGGAACACGUCAUUCCAAUUGUAUGUACAAGCUGCUCAGGCGUUUCUCAAGAUUGUCAACAAUACGUCGUCCAUUGAUGGUUCUACCGUGGAUGGACAAGCUACGAGAACCACGGCUGAUAACGCUAUGAUUGCGAGGGACAAGGAUGAACGUACACAAGCCCGUGCUCAUGCUAGUCUCGCACUCGAACGUGCGCAAAAGAUUAAGAGGGCUUAUCCGGAUCGCGUUCAGCUUGUGCAGCGUAACAUAUUCUCACCUGAAGAGCAGCAGGCCGUUUUGGAAUCGUCAUCUAUUGUCAAUGGGGUCGUGUGUCCCCUCUGGAAAGGGUAUACACCCAGUCUGUCAGUAAAGGAAGAUGAUAGGACUGCUGUCGAGUGGGGUCUCGAGCCUGGAGAUCGCUGGGUGUCGAAAGACAAAGUCUUUGGACCGAAUUGUCCAAUGCUAGAUCUCAAUAUGCUGCCAUAUGAGCUCGUACAGAGCGUCGUUUCUAAUUGUUCCGUCGUGGCGUCCAUCAUCGUCUGUUGGCAACAUCAUCUGAUACACGGCUCAUCGGGUCAGUUGAUACUGGACCGCCUGUUUCCGCAGGCUGAAGGCGACUCGUUACGACGGCCAAUAGAAUCAAGCAAUGGACGAUAUGCUUAUAAAAUGUUUCUCAAUGGAGUCGAACGCAAGGUCAUCAUCGAUGAUCGAAUGCCUCUCCGUGGAGAUCUCGUCAUGUCCGUACGGUCCACUCGACGUAGCUGUCUAUGGCCGAGCUUGGUCGAAAAAGCAUACUUGAAGAUAAAUGGCGGCUAUGGAUUCAAGGGAUCGGACUCUGGAGUCGACCUACGAGCUCUCAUCGGCUGGAUACCAGAUUCCUAUGAUCUUCAAAGCACGGCAUUUGAGCGGGAGAAGACUUGGUCGAGAAUAUCGACAGCGUUUCGCCAAGGAAAUGUACUUGUCACGUUCGGGACUGCCAAAGAAAUUCCGUCACAUGCCAGUCGACCGUUGAUUCCCUUCCACGCAUAUGCAUGCAUAGGUCUCGAGGACAAUGAAGACAGAAUGGUCACUAUCGUCAAUCCAUGGCGUUCAAUCGAUGCAAACGAUGCGCACCGAAGUGAAGAAGCAUUCUGGAGAAUACCUUGGGACGACCUUUCCGCACAGGCUUGUCCACCAUCGGCAAGUGAAAUGAAUUGCCCAUCCGCCUGCUUACACCAUCUCAGAAAGUGGAAGAUUGCGAGGUCGCCAGGGGACGGUAUCCUGAAUCAACAGAUUCGUAUCGCUAUAGACGCAGUCACACCAAGGACGGACAUUUGGGCCCUCCUUUCACGCCAUACCUAUGCUCAGGCAGAGACAGAAUUGUAUAGCGCACUGCAUGCAUUCGAAGAGGAUGGUGCCGAGAUCACAUUUAACAAGGCAGAGAAUCUUACAUUUACUGGACAUUAUCUGAACUCUCCCCACUGCCUGCUCAAAAUGACAUGCAGUGACGACACCAAACGCAUUUCGUUAAUCGCCUCUCUCAGUUUUCCUAACGAAGCCGACAUUCGAGACGAUGUACCAUAUACACUGAGUAUCAUGUCGCACGCCCCACUCGAAUUUGAUACGCGACCACCCCCAAAUAUGGUCAAACAAAUUAUCUCCUACGAGUUUAAUUCACUGUACUCUGGCGGAAAUUUGCUCUAUCCCACGUAUUUCGACAACCCACAGUGGACGCUAAAGGUGCCGGCGGGUCCCUCGAGCUCAUCUGGGAAGCAAAGUGCGGUCCGCCUUCAAUUCCAUGCCACUGCGUCGAAAGAUAUACCAUUGAACAUCAAGGUAUACAGAAGUGCGGAGAAGCGGGUUAACGACGUCACGGAGGGAACGGUUGUCUUCGACUCUGGAACUUACAGCUAUGGCAUAGCUUGUGGCCAAGUCUCUCUUCUCCCUGGAAAUUAUGUUGUUGUGCUCUCAAACUAUGUGGCAACCCAACAUGGAAAGGGAACGCUCGAGAUCUCUUCUGAGCGAUCCGUGGAAUUGCAGCGCGCACCUGCCGAAGGUGCGGGGAUGCAUACAAGCUCACUUCACGGCAACUGGAUGCCGGAGACCGCUGCUGGCGGCCCAAGUCAUGGUCGAUACUGGCGGAAUCCACAAUACGAGAUGUUUCUAUCACGUUCUGCGGAAGUAUGUGCGAGAUUGCAAGUCACCCAGACAAGGGCAGGAGCUCUCUACUUGCCUAUUAAUCUCUCCCUAUUCCAAUAUCAAGAUACAUCGCCGCCAACAGAGGUCGCGACAAGUGGCCCAUAUCGCGAGUCCCGUUACGGUGUUCGUCUCUCUCGACGUCGGCUGGCGGCUGGGAGGUAUUUACUCGUGCCAUCGACUCAUUCUCCGGGGAUCCAGGGCCUGUUCGAAGUUUCAGUCUGGUCAGACUCUCCCAUCAGCGUGCAAUAUCUCGAAACUACCCAGUAA